AUGGCACCUCGAAAUGAAAAGAGUUCUCUCAAACGGAACAGAAUCAGCACCGAGGAAGAUUCGCAAGAGUUGAAAAAGCUGCGACGGUCACAGAGAUUAUCUCAGAGUCAAUCCCCCAAAACUCCGGUCAAUCAGUCCUAUCUGCCUACCCCGUUGACUGAACAGAAUUCAACUGCAACCGACAUCAGAAAGGAAGUAACAGCAACUCCCCCGAAUAUCUCCAACCAGGUGCAUCCACAAACCCCGUCACGUUCAGAACAGCCUCAAUCAUGCUCCUCCCCACCCGGUGAUACCCAAGCUCUCUCCCAAUUCAUUUACCCUCCCAGGGCAUUUGCAGAUGAGGUUGAGGAUGAAGCUGCCGAACGAGUCUGGGGCUAUCUUAUACCUCUCGAUGACAAGUUUCGAGACGCGCUCGUUAUGAGAAAACGGGACGGCUGCGAACGCAGAAAUGUAACGCCCGGAAACAAACCCGAGGGGCCUCAAGCUCAAAGCAAGAAAUCCACGAAACAAACUCGUUCCCCGGGAGGUUACUUGGUGGGCCGGCAUCCCGAGUGCGACCUGGUCAUCAACAUACCCACCAUAUCCAACCGACAUUUUCUGCUUUUUUCCGAAAACAAGAAAGGCGAUUUCGUCGCUAUCAUAGAAGACUUGUCUAGCAAUGGAACAUUCGUCAACGACGCAAUCGUCGGGCGCAAUAAACAUCGUGAACUCGAAGAUGGUGACGAGGUCACAAUCUUAGACGAAGCGCGUUUUGUGUUUCGGUACCCUCGGACACGGGAUACCCACGGUUUCCGCCAGCAGUACAGAAUCCUCCAACAGCUUGGUAAAGGGCAUUUUGCGACCGUCUAUCUCUGCGUAGAGCGGGCGACCGGAACUAGAUAUGCCGUGAAGCUAUUCGAAAAACGCCCUGGUGACUCUCAGAAGUCGCAGGCGGACCCUUUGCACCAUGAAAUAGGUCUUUUAAUGGGCGUCAAUCACCCUAAUCUACUUUGUCUUAAGGAUACCUUUGACGAAAGUGAUGGCGUGUACCUUGUUCUGGAGCUUGCACCAGAAGGUGAAUUGUUCAAUCUCAUAGUCAGCAAACAAAAAUUCUCGGAAAAGGAGACGCGACACAUAUUUCUCCAGCUGUUUGAGGGGCUGAAAUACUUGCAUGACCGUGGGAUCGUUCAUCGAGACAUUAAGCCUGAGAAUAUUCUGGUUGUCGACAAGAAGUUAACCGUUAAACUUGGCGACUUUGGGCUUGCUAAAAUAAUUGGAGAAGAUUCAUUCACGACAACUUUGUGCGGAACUCCGAGUUAUGUGGCGCCUGAGAUUCUCCAAGAGACGCGUCGUCGCAAAUACACCAAAGCCGUAGAUAUCUGGUCCCUUGGCGUCGUUCUUUACAUAUGCCUUUGCGGUUUUCCUCCGUUCUCCGAUGAGCUUCAUACUCGCGAAAACCCAUACACUUUGGCGCAACAGAUCAAAAUGGGGCGAUUUGACUAUCCUUCCCCGUACUGGGACUCUGUGGGCGAUCCGGCCUUGGACCUAAUUGAUAGGAUGCUCACAGUUGAUGUGGAAAAAAGGAUAACUAUAGACGAAUGUCUCGAACACCCGUGGUUAACGGGGAAUUACCCGAGUGUUUCCGAUAGUACAGAUGGGCUGACAGGAGCUCUGGGAAAGCUAGACUUCUCGAAAAGGAAGAUGGCGCGUGAGCGAACUUUGCUCAGCAGCAUCAAUGAUGUUGAUUUUAGCGAGCGCAAAGAAGGGCCCGGUGCACCCGUGAAGGUCUUUCACAAAAACAACGUCGAAAAACGCGUUCAUAAUCGCCCUGCGAAGGCUUCUGAUGACCAGGAAGCCUCGCCCAAUCAGAACAGUGCUCCCAAGGAUUUCGCAAAUCUCGGAGAGCGCGGAGAUCCAGCGUUAUUCGAGGAGGAUCCGACAAGUCGCUACCACUAG